AUGGCGGACAACGAUGCGACAACGCUGGCGGAGCUGCUCGAACCCGCCCAGGCACCUGAGCUAGUGCUCCUGCCGCAGGAGCUGCCGCCCGCGACGCCAGCCUCCGUGGGGAGGCGGCGCGGCCGGCCGCCGGGGUCGAGGAACAAGGAGAAGCCACCGGUGGUCAUCGUGCGGGAGAGCAAGGCGGCGAUGCGGCCCGUGGUGCUGGAGCUCGCUGCGGGCUGCGACGUGGCCACCGCGCUGGCGGACUUCGCGCGCCGCCGCUGCGUCGGCGUGUCCGUGCUCUGCGGCCGCGGCGCGCUCUCCGCCGUCGCGCUGCGGCUCUCCACCUCGCCAGUGACGCUGGAGGUCAGGAAGCUGGAGGGCCGGCUGGAGGUGCUGUCGCUGUCCGGGACGGUGCUGCCGUCCAAUGCCGCCGGCGACGGUGGAGUUCAGCCGCCGCCGUUCACGGUGGCCCUUGCAGGUGGGGGCGGGCAGGUCAUCGGCGGCACGCUCGCGGGGGUCAUGACGGUGGCGGAAGAUGGGAUGGUGGUGGUGGCGGCCACGUUCGGGACCGCCGAGGUGCACCGGGUUCCCGCGCAUGACUCUGAGGAAGAACGAGGCGAUGAUGGCCGCCCGGAGGAGAGGCACCCACCGCCACCGCCACCGCCACCGCCAGCAGUGGCGCUGCCGCCGCCUCAGCUGCUGCAGCUGAAGCAGGCGAUGGUGGGUGCGAGCGCCGCCGCCGACGUGGGGCAUGUCGCUGCCUACGGCGAGGGUUCGGGCUGGCGUGGCGGGUAUCCGGGUCAGGUGGGCCACUAUCAGCAGCAGCAUGCCGAUCAGACGCUCCCGUGGGCCCAGCUGUUUGCUGACUCAGGCGCUCCCAACUAUCACUACUUGUAG